CUUAUAUAUACACAUAUCGUUACACAUCGAUAUUUCGAGUUUAUUCGAGUUACGUAGCGUCCAUCUUGAAGUUUUAGCUUUUGUGAAAAAAUGCAUAUUAUGUUUUUAUUCUUCUUAAAUAUAUUAAACACAAGCAGAAUUUAAUUUUAUAAUAGAUGAAAAUUUUUAUUAUAUUACAAAAUAAAUGCAAACAUUACCAUAUUAUUAAAACAUAUAUGAUUAAAAUUAAAAAAUUAGUUUAAUAUGUUUAUAUUCUAUGAUAACAUAUAAAAUUUAAAUAGAAAAAAAUAGAAAAUUAUAUAUAUAAGAAUAUUAAUAUUUUUUUUAUUAAUAAUAUUUUCAUGAAAUCAUUGUUUAUUAUUUUAUUUGAAUCACUGUAAAAUUGUAAGUGUUUCAUUAUAAGUAAAUUUCUAUUCUUUCUAUUCUUUUACAAAAAUUAUAAUUAUAAUAAAUAAUUAAUAUUUAUUAAUAUAUGACAAUAAUAAUUAUGAUGAACUUUAUUUUAUAUAACCUGCUUUAUGUUAUAUUUAAAUCAAGAUUAUUUGCUUUUUUCAUAUUUCUUAUAAUCAUGUUUCUAUCACUGCAUUUUUAAUUUCAAAUAAACCGCGUUACAUAGUACAGAUUCAUAUAUACAUUUUAUCGUAAUGCUUUAAACCAAAAACAUAUUAAAACAAAUUAAAACAUAUAAUAGUAAUGUUAAAAUGAGUUAUCUAAUUUUAUUUUUUAUUGAAAUGUAAAAGAAAAAAAGACAGUCCUUCCUUCUCUUCAAGAAGUUCAAAUUAAAAUAAAAUUAUACAGGGUUUUGGGAUACAAGUUACGUCCCUGUAUAAUACGGUACGUUGUGUCGACAAUCGGGAAGGGGGGGGGACUACUUUCCGUUGAGGAGGUGAGCGUGCGUGUGCGUCUCGCGGUCGAGACAUCGCGAGAGAGAAAAUGAAAUCUGAAAUGGUUACUGCCGCGCUAUGACCCUAAAAAGCAAAUGUUUCUCUUUGUCUGUGAGUGAAUAAUAAACGAUUGAUCAGGCGAAAUGGAGGGCAGCGUGGCGAAGAACGAGACUGUAAUAGCACCAGAGCUGUACUUCCUAAUUGCCAAAUUCUUAGCGGCGGGACCUUGUCGUGAGGCCGCAGAUGUGUUGAAGCGUGAAUUGGAGCGAGCUAAGGUUUUGCCGCAAAGAUUAGAUUGGGAAGGGCAUGUACAUAAUCAAACCUUUGAGGAAUUGGAAAAGAAAUAUUCUCAUAUUGGAUCAAAUCAUUUACUACAAAUAUGUGCCAGAAUUGGACCAGUAUUGGAAAAAGAAGUACCUCCAUGUAUAUCGGGAGCAAUAUCUCUUUUAGGAGCUGGCAGACAGUCUUUGUUGCGUACACACGAAGAUGUCCAACGUCAAAUGCAUACUGUUACUUCAUAUUCUGGCAGACUAGGUGGAAAACCAUUUUUGGAUUCACCUUAUAGUUUAUUAGUGCCUAAUAUAGUACAUGUACUUCAAGGAAGAGAAAAUUCAGGUCCUCUAAGUCGAAGAGAGGCAAUACCAACAAAGUUUUAUAAUAAAAUGCAGUUAUAUAGGCACACAUUAGGGCAUUUAUCUGCAGUAUAUUGUGUUCUUUUUGAUCGUACUGGAAAAUAUAUCAUAACUGGUGCAGAUGAUUUGCUUGUUAAAGUGUGGAGUUCUAUUGAUGGACGAUUAUUAGCAACUUUUCGAGGAGCAUCUGCUGAAAUUAUGGAUAUUGCAGUAAAUUUUGAUAAUUCUUUACUUGCUGCUGGUAGUUUAGAUCGAAUAUUAAGAGUUUGGUGUUUUCAAACAAUGUCUCCUGUUGCAGUUCUUUCUGGACAUUCUGGUAUGAUUACAUCUGUAAAUUUUUGUCCUAUAUCUUGCAAUGGUGUUUAUUAUUUAGUUUCUACAAGUACAGAUGGUUCUGUUGCUUUUUGGUCUCAUACAAAAAAAGGCAAUGAAAGAGCAAUUUUUCAACCAAAACCAAUUCAGUAUCAUGAAAAAAUGCGCCCAGGUCAAGCACAAAUGAUAUGUGCUUCAUUUAGUCCUGGUGGUGCAUUUAUGGCAGCUGGUUCAGCAGACCAUCAUGUUAGAGUAUAUUCAAUGUUAGGAGAUGAAGGUCCAUGUAGAGUUUUAGAAGUUGAAGCACAUUCUGAUACAGUUGAUAGCAUUCAAUGGGCGCAUAAUGGUUUAAAGUUUAUUUCUGGUUCUAAAGAUGGUACUGCAAAUGUAUGGCAUUUUGAACAACAACAAUGGAUGUAUAAACGUUUAUUAAUGACUACAAAACUUCCUGGAGAAUCAGAAACAGAGGAUGAUUCUAACAAAAAAGCUAAAGUGACUAUGGUUAGUUGGGAUGUAAGUGAUGAAUGGGUUAUCACAGCUGUAAAUGAUAGUUGUCUCAAAGUAUGGAAUGCAAAAUCAGGUGAAUUAGUGAAAAUUCUACGUGGACAUAAAGAUGAAGUCUUUGUGUUAGAAUCUCAUCCAAUAGAUCCUCGUGUUAUAUUAAGUGCUGGACAUGAUGGACAACUUAUAAUUUGGGAUGUUCUGAAUACAGAACCAAUAGCGUGUUUUCAAAAUUUUAUUGAAGGACAAGGUAAUGGUGCUGUUUUUGAUGCAAAAUGGUCUCCAGAUGGAACAAUGUUAGCAGCAACUGAUUCUCAUGGACAUCUUUUAAUAUAUGGAUUUGGAUCAGGUGUUGAAAAACUUAAAAUAGUACCCAAAGAAUUAUUUUUCCAUACGGAUUAUAGACCUUUAAUACGAGAUGCAAAUAAUUAUGUUUUGGAUGAACAAACACAAACUGCACCUCACUUAAUGCCUCCACCAUUUUUAGUGGAUGUUGAUGGAAAUCCUUAUCCACCAGCAUUACAAAGAUUGGUUCCUGGAAGAGAAAAUUGUAGAGGGGAACAAUUAGUACCAAAUAUUGCAGUAGGUGCUGGAGGAAUGCAAGAAGUUAUAGAAGGACUCCCAGCUCAGGAACCACGAUCUAAUAUUGAUCAAUUAAUUGAAGCACUUGCACAAAGGCAAAAUAUUAAUGCUGAUGCAGAAAGUGCAGCUGAUGAGAGAGAAGAAAAUGCAGCUGAGCAACCAGUUCGUCAAAUGGCUAGUCCUCGAGGAAGUAGAUCUGGAUUAAGAAGAGCUGGAGAUGUAGAAGGUGUACGACAAAGUAGCGGUAAUUGGCAAAGAGAUAAUACUACACCUUGGAACAAACCUAUUCUUGCUCGACCCAUGAAUCCAGCUGUUAGAGAAACACAAAUUAAAGUUUUACAUGCGACAGCAGAAAUGGAACUUGAAAAUUUAAAACGCGAAAUGCGAAAAAGACCACAACCAGUAUCAAAUACUGCCAAUACUGAAGAUAAUAUAGGUAGUAGAAUAGCAAAUCGAAAACGUAACAGAACUACUAGACAUGGUUAUAGAACUAGAGCUACACGUGGUGAAGAACAAGAAGAUGAUGAUUUCGAGAAUCCUGAUAAUGUGGGAACAACAGGAAGUUCAGCCAGUAGUAAUAGUAAUGAUUCUACUGCUCAUGAAGAAGAUUUAUGUUCUGAUAGUUCUACAUCAGAGUCUAGCACAGAAUAUUCAGAUUGGAUUGCUGAUCAUGGUUUAAAUCUAGAACCACCAAAGCGAAGUAAACGUAAACCUGUAAAAAAGCGAUCUCUCACUCCUCCAAGUGACAUGGAUAGAAGACGUAAUAGACGUCCUAGAAAAAAGGACAUUCCAUUGUCUACUGGCAUCGAUGAUAUCCCAGACGUUUUUAGACCUUCAGAAUGGCUUACCGAGAUAAUACCAAGGAAAGCUCCUUAUUAUCCCCAAAUGGGUGAUGAAAUAGUAUACUUUCGACAAGGUCAUCAAUUUUACUUAGAUGCUGUUAGAAAUAAAAAAGUAUAUGAACUUGGUCCACGAUGUGAACCAUGGAAUAAAGUUAAUAUAAGAGCCCAAGAAUUCGUAAAAGUAGUAGGUAUUAAAUAUGAAAUACGUCCACCUCGAUUGUGUUGUUUGAAAUUAGCACUAAUGGAUGAAGAUGGAAGAUUAACAGGAGAAAAUUUUACUAUUAAAUAUCAUGAUAUGGCUGAUGUAUUAGAUUUUUUAGUUUUACGUCAAACAUUCGAUACAGCCUUAGCGCGUAGUUGGUCUGAAGGAGACCGAUUCCGUUGUAUGAUUGAUGAUGGAUGGUGGAUGGGUCAAAUUCAAUCAAUGGAACCUUUAGAUGAAGAUUUUCCUGAAUCUUUUUUUAUGUGUUUUCGUGUCAGAUGGGAUAACGGUGAAUAUGAAAGAAUGAGUCCUUGGGAUCUUGAGCCAAUUGAUGAAAAUAGACUUCCAGCAGAACUUGGAGGUGCAGUUCCUGUACUUCCAGAAGAGAUACGAACAAUAUUGUAUCAACCUCAUGCAGAAGAAUGGCCUAUGGGAGAUCGAGAAGCAACAUGUCGCAGAAUUAUACGUGGACUAGAUCAAGUGAUGAGUCUUGCAAUUGCAGAACCAUUUAUGGCGCCUGUUGAUCUUAAUGCAUAUCCUGCAUAUGCAUUUGUUGUAGAAUAUCCUAUUGAUUUAACAACCAUAAAAGCUCGUUUUGAAAAUAAUUUUUAUCGAAGGAUAACAUCUGCGCAGUUUGAUGUUAGAUACUUAGCAACAAAUGCAGAACAAUUUAAUGAACCACAUAGUCAAAUAGUAAAGCAUGCAAGAAUAGUUACUGAUUUAUGUCUACGUAUUAUAAAAGAAACUACAGAAAUAGAUGUACCAGCUCUCUAUCAUCAAUUAGUUGAUACAUACCAUUCUUCUGAAUCAGAAGUUGAUGUAGAAGAUACAAAGAAUAGACCUUCAACUAGUACUCAGAGAGCAACUUCAAGUAGAAAUCUACGUUCACCAGAAGUAUCAAAUGAUUGGAAAGUAGCUUGUCGUCAAUUAUUAGAAACAUUAUGGCAAUGUGAAGAUUCUAUACCUUUCAGAGAACCAGUUGAUAGAUUAGAACAUCCAGAUUAUCAUCAAAUUAUAGAUACACCAAUGGAUUUACGUACAGUAAAAGAAGAUUUAUUAGGAGGAAAUUAUGAAACUCCUUUAGAAUUUGCCAAAGAUAUGCGAUUAAUAUUUACAAAUAGUAGGAAUUAUAACACUAAUAAGCGAUCAAGGAUAUAUUCAAUGACAAUAAGAUUAUCAGCUAUGUUUGAAGAACAUAUGCGAAAAAUUAUUUCAAAUUGGAAAUCUGCAAGAAGACGUAAUAAUAAUACGAAAAAUACAAAAGGAAAGGGUAGAAGAGGUAAAGUUCGACUAACAAAUGGAACUGCACCUUCAAAAUCAAAAUCUGCUUGUUCUGAUGCAGAUGAAAUAGAUAGUGAAGAUGAAAAUAUUAAUUUAAAUGAUGUAGAAAAAAACAAUUCCAAUGUAUUUGCACCAGGACCAUCACGUAUGACGAAUGGACACACGAAACGUUCUUCUAAUACGACGCGACCUACGCUAAAACUUAGAAUUUCUAGAUCUACAGUACCAAAAAAAACAAAAGAAAGUGAAAGUGAAGCCAGUGAUUCAGAAGCUUCUUCAGAAAGUGAAAGUAGUGGUAGUGUACCUAUAAGAAGGACACGAGCAAGAAAAACAGUACCUAGUGUAAGUGCUGAUAGUGAUUCUGGAGAAGUAUAUACACCCAGUGGACGUGGAAAACAAACUCGAAAAAAUCGUGCAAAGAAUAGCAAAAAUAAUAAACAAGUAAAAUCAAAGUCAAAGUUAAAUUUUUAUGAAAAUUCAAAAAAUGAUGAUGAAGCAUUUACAACAAAUGAAUUAUCAGAUGAAGAGAGCGAAGAGGAAGUUAUUAAUAGAAGUAGAACAAGAUCACGAAAGUUAGCAUCUACAUCUGAACAUGAGGAUACUUUUAAAAAUACAAUAAAAAGUGGAAAAAAUAAUAUUGAAAGUCAAACUGAGGAAGAAGAAGAAGAGGAAGAAGAAGAAGAGGAAGAAGAAGAGGAAGAAGAAGAACAAUCUCAACAUGAAAUUAAUAAUCAAGAUUCAGAUAGUGAAGAAUCAGACAAAGCUUUUGUAUCAUCAAGAUCUCAAAGAAGAAUUCGUGGAACCAGAGAAAUACAAAAUCAAGAACAAACACAAAAUCCAAGAAGGACUGGAAAACGACCUCGUUAUAAUGAAGAAAGUGAUGAGAGCAAUACAGUGCCAGUUAGAAAUCGACGUAAAAUUAAACGUCGAUAUUAUGCAGAAGAAAGUGACGAAAGUCCUGAACCUGAAAAUGUACCACGUAUUAGUAUAAGUAGUAGAGGACGAGUACGCAAAAUGACGGAACGAGCACGGGCUUUUCUUUUAGAUUCACCCUAACAGCAUCUUUCAUACUAAAAAUAAAAAUGUAAAUUAUUAUCUUUCAAGUAAAUCUUACAAAAGUUUAAAAAUAAUGUAAAAAUUUAAAAUGUUAUUUGAUAAUGUUUAUUCUGAAACAUUCGACUGUAUUCAUAUUGUAGCAUUACACGAAAUUUGUGUAUGCCAGGAUAUAUUGCCUGAGGAUCUAGGAUAAGAUUAUAGAUAGACUGUACGUAUAAACACUUGAGAUUGUCAUAGCAAUUCAUUAUAAACACUGCUACAAAGUACUUCCAUUAUUAUGAAGCACAUUGAUAAUAUUAUUUUUUUAUGUUUAAAUACAUAAUCAAUUAACAUUAAUUAAUUAACAUUAAUAAGAUAAAUUUAGUAGCAAGCGGAAACAGUGUAAUCAUUCUAUAAUAUUGUUUUGUUUUAUUAAUACACUUUUUAUAUAUUUUUCCAAAUUUUAUGAUAUUAUUGGUUAUUUGCAUAUAAAAUAUUUAUUGUAGUUUCAAUUUAUACAUAAUUCAUGAUAUUUAAAAUCAAAUAAUGACUAAAUCAUUAUAUAAUUAUUUUUGCAAAGUAUUUUGAAUUGUUACUGAUAUUGAUACUGUUUAAAACUAUUAAUAGAAUAUUCUUUACAAAUCCUGAAUUUCUAUAUAAUAAUAACAGUAAAAAAUGAAAUAAUGUAUGAUAGUGUUUAUAUUACAUUGUUGAAAAUAUGUUAUUGUACCUGGAAUGACGUAAAGAAGAUGCCCAUCUUAUUCAGGGAACAUAACUUUAAGCUUAGCUUAAUAACUUCAACUUUUGCUUUUUUGAAAAAAGUCAAUUGACAAAUGAGAAGUUACUUUCAUGCUAAGAUCUUAAACAAUUUAAAAAAAAAAGCAUUAUCUAAUUAUAUGCAGUUAAUAAAAAUAAUCUGUAUCAGUGUUUAUGUUUAUAUUUGAUAAAAUUUCAUAAAUGAAAUUAUAAUGUAAAUCUUUUUAAUAACACUGACACAUGCUUAAUGAAUUUAGUAUAUUUACAUAUUUGUACAUUUUUCUAAUAAAAUAAUCUUUCAUAUGUCUUAAUAAAAAUAAAAUUAAUUUCAGAUUCAUUAAAUUGCAUAUAUAUGAAAUACUAGCUUUUUAUUGCGUGCACACUUUUAAUAUUCAUAGAUUAUGUCAAGUGUUUGUACAUUGAAAAGAAAUUGUACUUACUAUCCAUAUUUUGUAAAUUACAUUAAAUGAGGCAGUGCCUUUACAUGUGCGAUUAUUUAUUUUAAAUACAUAGAUUGAAAGCAAUAAAAAUAUUUUGUUUUUUAAAAGAAUAAUCAUGCAGAAAUUGAAUACCUUCCAAUUAAAUUAUUAAUUUAAUAAUUUAAUAAUGGCACUGUUUUCGCUUUUUACAACUAUACUUAAAAUAUAUUAUUUGUAAAUACGAAAUACACAUACACGCCCGCGCGCACAUACACACACAUACCCACACACACAUAUACAUAACAUGAUUACAAUUUUUUUUAAAGAUAUGUAAAACAAAUGUGUGCUUUACAUGAUCUAUAGUAUGAAGUAGUAACUUUUUACAUGUAAUUUGUAUGUCCGUUAGAAAAUUAAGAACCAAUGCUCGUGCGACUUUAGGAAUUUUUCAUACAUAAAAAUAGACAUUUUUCAGAUUUAUAUAGCAUAAAGAUUAAUUUACUUAUACAAUAGGAUACAAAUUUUUCAAGACAGUUAUGCAACCGGCAAACUAAUAUAGUAUAAGAAUAUGUGCACAAAUAUUGGAAGUCUUGACUGUCUCGAGCCAUUGUGAUAUUAGUUUAAGAAUAUUAAACAUAAAAUAAUAUAAAUAAUAAUAAUUAGAAAAAUAUAACGGAUAUUUUUUUAAUAAUGCCUUGAAGAAAAGGAGUCAUAUCAUGUGGACUCAAGAAGUCAAAUAUAUCUGGUUAUAUUAAUUUAAUAUUAAUCUUAACUUUGAUCAUUUAAUUAAUUAUAUUACUAUUAACGUGUUUCGUAUCUUAAUCUUCAAAACUAAUAUAAUUUUAUGUACAUAAAUAUUGUUACAUAACAAAACUUAAUUAACACGGCAGCGAUAUAGUUUCGAUUUAUGUAAAGUUUAAAACUUUAGUUGUGAAAUCAGUGUACUCUGUUACAUACUUAGUUUAUCGAAACCCACCGUCACCAAUAAAAAAAUAUUAAAUUGUUUCA